AUGACAUUCAGCAGGAUUGUUUUCCUACAAAUCAUUCUACAUUAUCCAUUAGUUAAUGCUUUAAUCCGUUCGACAUUUCUUGAUGAUAUUCCAAAGCCCGAGAGAAAAAAGUAUGAAGAAAUAAAAAAGACAGAAUUUAAACAUAAUAUAAGUAUUUUGUCAACUGAAGCUAAAGUAGCUUUAAUUUCUUCACUUUCCGUAAAGCAAAGUUUAGAAAAAAAUGUUGAAAAAGCUUUAGAUAAAUUUAACUUUAAUAAUAAACUUGUUGAUAAAAUAGUUGAAAGAAUUGAAAGUUUGGCACAUUUGAUAGGGGAAGAAAAUGGAAUGUCAUUUGAUGAUUUUACUGAUAAAAUUGGAAAUAAAUUGGAAAAUUUUCAUACGUACGGGUUUAAAUUCAUCAAAAAAAGUUUUGAAGAAAUAAAGAAUGAAGUUGAGGAAACAAAUUACACAUCAAAAACAAAAGUAUUUCAUUUCUUCUAUUUAUGGAUUUGGAAUUUAAUUGAAUUCCUGGACAAAAUUAAAUUUUUGGACGAAGAUAUUGAUAAAAGAAUGUCAUUUGUUGAAAAGCAUGACAUUUUUGCUUGUCUUCCUGGCUAUAUUUCUGACAUGACUUUUGCUGAUUGGUUACAAAAUAAUGUUAUUCGUGUACUUGAGCUAAAGUUUUAUCCACAUAUAAAGUUUAACAACAUUAAUCAGGCCAAAUAUAUCGUAAAAACAAGUGUCAUCAAUUUAUUACCGGUUGCAAACAAAAAAGCAACUUCCUAUAUAGAAGUUUUACAGCUUGAUAAAAUAUUUAAAUUUAAUAAUAAAAACAAUAAUUUGGAGCAAAAAGAAAUAAUUUUAAUUUUUGCUUCAGUUAUGUUAAUAGCUAAAAAUAUAUGUUUAAACUAUUCAGAAAAGUUUAAAGUAUUUGAAUUAUUUGAAAAAGAAUUUUUAAAUUUUGUUGCAAUAUCGGAAUAUUUAAAAGAAGAGUAUGAAAGAAUUUUGGAAAUUUUGAAGGAGUAUUUUAUUGAAAAAGUGCGAAUAGAUUCUAAACAAUUGGAAAUUAAAGUUAUCAAUUUUUAUAUUAAAGUUUUUGAAAAAUAUCAAUUGUUGGAGUGGGUUAAAGUGUUAAUUGAUGAAUUAAAUAAUGAAGUUACAUCGCUAAAUAGCACAGGUAUAGUUAUUUAA